AGUUUUGACAAAUUGACAAACAUGGACGAGUGCAAUGGCAAUUUUUUAUAAAUUAAAAGAAAUAAAUUCAGUAAAAAGAAAAGUAAAAGUUAGUUCAAUUCCUUUGUUAGUGCUCCCAACGUUAGAAUGUCGUUUGAUACAAGUGAAGAGAUGGACAUUCAACAAGAGCUUGAAAAUAUUGAUAAUGUUAUAAGCUUAACUAGAGCAAAUAUUGAUGCCUUAAAUGCAAAAUUUGCCGGCUUUCAACAUCCACCAACAAUGUAUAUUAAAGAAUAUGAAGAGUUAACGUCAAAACUACACGAGCUUGAAUCUAAACAAUUGAGACUGAUGGAACAGCUCAGUAAAGAAAAUUCAGACAAUUUAAGUGAGCGAUACGAACCGCAGUAUGAGACGGUCAAACCACAGUAUGAAACACUUAGGCCUAAAUUUUUGCGAGCGUACUUACCCAAUCAGCAACGAACUAGUGUUCAAGUGCGUGAGGGUCUUAGUUUAAGAGAGGCUUUGUCUAAAGCCAUGAAAUUAAGAAAUUUAGUUUGUGAAACGUGUCGUGUGUAUUCUGGUUGUGGUUAUUCUGAUGAAGCUAUAAAUUGGGAUACUGAUAUCAGUACUUUAAACUGUGAUGAAAUUACAGUUAAAAUUUUAGAUAAAUUUCCUAUUCCUACUAGUAUUUCACAUAAUUUUGUUAGAAAGACUUUUUUUACAUUAGCUUUUUGUGAAUGCUGUAGGAGACUAUUAUUUCAAGGUUUUUAUUGUCGGACUUGUGGCUAUAAGUUUCAUCAGAGAUGUGCAGCUAGAGUGCCCCUUCUAUGUCAUCAGGUUCGUAUGACAGAUGCUUACUACAGAGCAUUGUUAGCACUACCAGCAGAAUCAAGUCCAGCAGGUAUCCUCCAUGCGGGUCAGGCUGAGUUAGAACUACCAUCAAAACAAGAAAGGCAUUCUGGCACAUUAGGACAUCACGAUAGAUCUAAUUCAGCUCCAAAUGUUUGUUUAAAUAAUGUUAAAGCUUCUGGUGAUGAGUAUCCCAAGACGUUACCAAUUUGUAGAGGACUUGAAGGAGACUGUGCACCACAUUGUAGAAGUACCCAGGCAUCUCCUACAGGUUCCCUUCAACCCCGUCGACAGCGUGCCAAAUCGGCAGAUGAAAGCAAACCUCUUCUCGCUCCUCGUGAAAGUAUUGAAGACUGGGAAAUACCAGCAGAUGAGAUUCUAGUAGGUUCUAGAGUUGGAUCAGGAUCUUUCGGUACCGUUUAUAAAGCCCAUUGGCAUGGACCUGUGGCGGUGAAAACACUGAAUGUAAAAAUUCCAACAAUAGGCCAACUACAAGCAUUCAAGAAUGAAGUAGCAGUUUUGAGAAAAACUCGACAUGUCAACAUUCUUCUUUUCAUGGGUUGUGUUAGUAAACCACAGUUAGCAAUUGUAACACAAUGGUGUGAAGGCUCUAGUUUGUAUAAGCAUCUACACGUUUUAGAAACAAAGUUCCAACUAUUCACAUUAAUAGAAAUAGGUAGACAAACAGCACAAGGUAUGGACUAUCUACAUGCCAAGAAUAUUAUUCACAGAGAUCUAAAAUCGAACAAUAUAUUUCUACAUGAUGAUCUAACAGUGAAGAUAGGGGACUUUGGUUUAGCUACAGCCAAAAUUAGAUGGUCUGGUUCACAUCAAUUUCGUCAACCUACAGGAUCCAUCUUGUGGAUGGCACCAGAAGUAAUACGUAUGCAAGAAGACAAUCCAUACAGCUUUCAAUCUGACGUAUACGCUUUCGGCAUCGUGAUGUUUGAAAUGUUGGCGGGACAGUUACCAUAUUCGCACGUCAAUAACAAAGACCAGAUACUCUUUAUGGUCGGUAGAGGGUAUCUUAAGGCCGAUCUCACAAAACUAAGAUCCGAUACUCCAAAGGCGCUGAGACGACUUACUGAAGACUGCAUAAAAUUCAACAGAGAUGAACGUCCAUUAUUUCGACAAAUACAUGCGUCGUUGGAGGGAUUAUUAAGGAAUCAUCCAAAAAUUAGUCGAUCAACAUCCGAACCUAACAUGAAUCGAACGCAUCUCCAAUCAGAUGAUUUCAUGUAUACAUGCUCGAGUCCUAAAACACCCGUACACUUCGGUGCGGGAAGUUUUCUAUUCUAUUCUAGUGGUACUGGUAACAUUUGAAUUUUUGGGUGUCUUAUUGAUUCUGGUGUAUGUGAGUCGAUUUUAUUGAAGCAGAGUUCCGACGUCCUAAUUAUUUUGAAUCUGUUGUUGACUGAGAGAUGGCAGCGGUACUGUUUGAUUUAUUUUCAAAAUAUUUUGUUAUAAUUAAUUUGUUAUUCUGUAUUCAUGAAUUUGAUUAACAUUUAUCUAUUAAAAAACACUGUUGAGUAUAUUAUAUAUACAAUAACAAAAACUUUGUUUGUAAAAAACUAUAUCUAAAAUAAUACCGAUGCUAUCUCUACUUUAUAUUGUUGUUUUUAAACGGAUAUGUCCAAGUGCACUGGUUAGUCUGAAAAAUGUUGAAUUUUUUCCCGUUAAUGACUAUUCUAAAUUCAUUGGAUAGUUUAGACGAUAAUUUUUUUUGGGUAGAGUGAAAUGUUGGUAUGAAUGAAAAACAUUUUUACUUUGUUUAACGUAGAAUUCGUAAACUUGACUUACGGUUUGCUGUUAAAAAAUUAAAAACAUUGAAAUGCAUAAAACCAUUCAUAGUUUGACGUUUGAUGUCGUAGUUUAGUAACGGAGACAUACCCCCGCUACUAAGGCAUUAAAGGUCAAGCCGGGGACUAGGGUCAAUGACGGGUCAAGGUCAAACUGAGUUGAACGACCAAUCAAGAUCAAGGACCACUCCGCAUUCACAUACCCCAAACCACUAUGGCAUCAAAGGUCAAACUUGACAAGUCGUUGAACUGGGAUUGACGUUGAUCGGUCCUUUUCCUUGAUUGAUAGUUGGCCCCGGCUUAACAUUGAUUGGUCGUUAAUGCCAUAGUGAUAAGUGGUAUGUGAGUGCGGAGGGGGAGGUGUCACAGAAUCCCCAUUUCUCCCCUACUCAGUUUACCGAUCGGUCUGCCAUUGUUGAUUUUCAGUAUAAACGAAUUUUAUCUUUUCCUGACGGCUGUUCGUAGAUAUAAAAAAGAGCCAAUUACAACUGUUCACGUUUGUCAUGUUUGUUCCAAUAAUAAACUUCAUUAUUUUUCAUAAUAUCGUCCAUGAAUAGCGGAUUACAAAUAAAAACACAAUAAUAUCACAACAAAAAGCAAUAUACAUGUCAAAAAGGAUUAGAAAACGGCAAAUGUCACCCGCAAACGAAAAGUCAAGUUUAUGAAUCGGCCUUAACAGUAUAAACAUUCUAUUUGUGAAAAACCCAGUUUGUUAUUCAACUUUUAUGUAUUUAAUUUUUUGUGUCAUAUAUGAUCAUCCAAUUUACUCAGUCUAUUAUAUAUUUUCCGAUUAAUUUUCUUUAUUAUGUAGUAUAAAGUCAGUCCUAAAACGUUCGAAAUGUUUUCUUCAUUACUUUUGGUAUAGGCUACAAAUCAACUCGGAUACAGAAAUCCUAUAAACAACUGAUUAAUUAUUCUACAGUUUUUAAAUUGAAAGGUUAAAUUUUCAAGCAAGUACAUUUUCCUAAAAACCCAUUAAUAAACUAAUAUUUCAUUCUCUAUUGUUGUCCAAAGCUUGUAUUACAUAUUGGGUGCAAUAGAAUUUACAAAAAAAACAAGAUCCAACUUUCAUCAUCAUUAUAUACGUGAUUUUGACAAAAUUAUCAUCCUUAUCCUGUAUCUUUCUAUACCAAGUGGAUUCUAACAAGAGUAUUUACAAAUUUAUUGUGUAUUGAGCUAUUGACAACACUGCAAUCCAUUUUCUCACUUUUGUACAAACUAAAAGAGUAUUCUCCUGUUUACCUCCAAUAGGAAACACUUACUAGUGCCAGUGACAAUGAGAGACUUGUCAGCAUAUUUUAAUACAUGUGCUAGAAAGCCAGCUGGUAGAUGAAAGAACAUAACCGUCAUCAUAAAUCAAAAGUUUCUAGAAUUCCAAGGUAGUGUAGUUUCUAUCAACCUUGUCCUCGCGACGAUUCUACUUAGUUCAUAUCAGCUUUUUAUGACCUUCGGGGUUAAUAUCCACCAUAGUAGGUGAAAUUGUUGAAUUUCAUUAACUGAAAGUUUGUUUUUUAUUUACAAAUACAUAUUUUGCUUUGUUCAACGUUUUUAGAAAAUGUUCAGUCAGCUUCUUCCUCAAUAUUUAUUGUAACGUUUUUUGUAUUUAUUUACACUCUUUCUAUUCGUGUGGUAAAUUAAUAAACACUGUCUUAUACGUUCUUAAUUUAUUUACACACUAUAUACUACACUCAACUAAACAAUAGAAUUCUACCAAGUUCUAGAACAAAAAGAAACACAAUAAAUAAAUAUACUUUCCUAGAAAUUAUUUAGAAGAAAUACUUCUAUAAUAAAAAGUUCAUUUAUAAAAAACAGAUCAAAGGCACCGUGCGAAUUCGCCGAAUUUUGGAAUUCUAUUGUAGCUGGAUAGGGCCGGCCUAAAGACCCAUUUCGCAAGCUUGUCCGAACAUUAUGAAAAAUGGAAUGUGCAAGCGAAUGUAGUUAGGGGGUAAUUUUUUCAGACACUCUUGAGUUAGUAAAAAAAAUUCAUGAGGGAUACUCAAUGGUGAUAAUGGUUAUAAUGGUGAUAAAUCUCUCACUAGUAUCUUCUCCUUGAACUGUUUGAAAUUAAAGAAUGUGGGAAAAUGGAUUGCGCUUUGAUGAUAUCCUGGUAUAGAAUUAAUGAAAUAAUAUCAAUUAAAAAUCCAACACAAUUUUUAGUUAUUCAAAAAGAACCAUAAGUUUUUAUAUUACGCUAUUGAAAAAAAUACCUGAUUUAUAUUUUUGUGUAUCACUUUAUACUUUGGACAUCCAACAAUAAAAAAUUGUUUUCUAAACAUUUUUAUAUUAUUGAACUGUUUACGUUUUCUUUAAACUAUAGUUGCUUAUCGGAACAUAACAUUUUGAACAUAAAUGAUGUAGAAAAAAGAUCUCAGAAUGCCUCUUUUAUACUUCUGAUAUUGUUUUUACAAUAAAGAUAUUUGUGAUUGUAAAUUAACUAAUAGUUCCAAUACAAUGUUGUCAUGUUUUCCUCGCUGAUUUAGACCACUUUAUCGACUACAGAAUAAUAGACAGGGUGUCUAGCCAUCGGGAAAUCGGGAAAUAGCGGGAAGUUUUUGGCAGCGGGAAAACAACGGGAUUUUUUUCGAGAAUGGGAAUUUUCGGAGAAAUACACAGAAAGUUGUAGUUUCAAUACAUAAUUUGCUUCCUGCUAGCAAAAUUGAUAUAGGAUUUUCAACUAAGAGCGCAUUGAAGAAUGCUAAAAUCAAGCCCUCUAGUGAUUGUAAGAAUUGUUUCGUUAAAAUUAUUAAAAAAAUUCAAGAACGAUCACCUCUAUUGUAUAAACUUACAAAGUACAUAACUUGUGUGAAUCCAAAUUUAAUCGCACAUCAAUCCAACGUAGCUCUACAGCGACUUGACUCUUGCUUGGCUGUUCUGGUUGACACGAACAAGUUGAUUUCUGGCUCGACGGCUGACAAAAUAAAAAAAGAGUAUCGAGAUAUUCUACAAUUUUCUAACACCAUUCAAUCCAUGAAGAUAUAUAAUCGAAGUGUAAAAAGGCUUGAUAAAUUUUGGAUAGAAUUGAUAGAAGAUUCCGGUUUGACCUGCCCGAACUUGACUAAUUUUCUAGAAAUAAUUUUCAUUUUAUCUCAUGGAAAUGCAGCAGUUGAGCGCGGAUUUUCCGUAAACAAAGAGGCAAUCGUUGUAAAUCAGGCGGAAAACAGUCUAGUUGCCUUGCGCAUCAUUUAUGAUGCAGUUACUGCGGCAGGGGGCAUCAAACACGUAUCUAUCACAUCUAAAAUGAUGUUGAACAUGCGAAUGGCGCAUAGUAGAUAUGUGGAGUUCUGUCAGAAUAAAAAAAAUGAAGAUGCACAAAAACAAAAGGAGUCUAAUGAAAGAAAAAGAAAAGCAGGAGAAGUUAAAGAAUUGAAAGCAAAACGAAAGAACUUAUUAGAACAAACAUCAGCUUUAAAUGACCAAAUCAAAAAUUUAGAAAAGAAUAAAUAAAUGAACCUAUUGUGAUUCGCUAUUAAUAUAAGUAGUCAUUAAUUCAAUAAUAUAUUUCAUUUAUAUUUUGUUAUGAGUAACUAAUAUGUAUCAUUCUUUAUGAAAAAACAAUAAAAAAGCGAUAAUUAUUUUUUUUUGUAUUGAUUGCUAUUGUUUAUUGAAUAUUACUAAAAAUUGGUUUACUAAUAUCGGGAAAAUUAGAAAAAGUUGUCGGGAAAACUGCGGGAAUUUAGAUGCACGUCAGGUCUAGACACCCUGAAUAGAUAUUUAAUAUUUGUUGAGGUUAUGUAAUUGAUAGUAUUUAUUGUUUUUCUGUGUAUAAACUAAGUGUGUAAAUAUUUUAAUUUUAAUUCUACAAAUACUAAAAGUUAUUUCCUUUUGUCAGUGCUCAUGAACAUUUUGCUGUUAUUUUCCCUUUCACAUAACAUCAAUUUUUCUUUUACAUAAGAUAGUCACCUGUUAUCAUUUGAAAAUGAAUUCUUGUCACAAGCUGGCACAAGGGAAUUUGGUGUUUUAUCAUUUAAUUUGUCAGUUCAUCUCAAAUGUUUUUUAAUCUUAACAUUGAAUAAAAUUAUUGGCCACAGAGCUACAUUAAGCUCUCGAAAUGACUUUCAUGUAUGGAAUUCUUGGAAAUCAAAACAAGAAAGAAACCACGACCGUUCAAGUCUAAGAUCGUUCGAUUAAAUGUCUUUGCUCCUUGAAUGAAUUUUGAACUACUGUUUGGUUGCUACGAUACGACGAGGUAACACAUUCUUUUUGUCAAAAAAUGGUAUAAGAAAAGCAUAUGUCAUAUUUUUAUUGUUAGUUCAUCUAUAAUGUAUUUUUCAGUUUGACAGAGACCUACAUUUAUCUCGGAAAAUUACUUUUAUUCCGGAAAAAUAGAGGACAAAAAAGAAACCAUGACCGAAAAUCACCCUUUCGAUUUUGUAAUCAUCGUCCGGUGAAAUAUCUGUGCUUCUUUAAUGAAUUGUAAUAAUUUUCAACUGCUGUUUGGGAGCUACGAUACGACAAGGCUCUGAUUUGGCUCCUGUCAACAUCAACAACCACCAUAUCAUUUCUCCUGAUUAAGUUUCGUCCGACUGUUACGAUAAAUGGUUUGUUAUUUUGAAAUAAACCAUUUAACGCUCUGAAUUUCUUUACAUUUGAUAAGGUUUUUCUGUCAAUUAUUCUAGUCUUUUUCGUUAAAAUGUGUAGUGUGAAACUAGUCUUUUUUCAUUCUCUAGAUGUUCAAGCGCACUACCUCACUAUUAUUUCACUAAGGUUUAAACCCAUUUCUAUAAGUUUCACAUAAUAAAUCAAAUUUAUGUAAGAAAAUAGUACCAUGAGUAUAUUUGUUGAGUAUUAUUUAUUUUCAUUAAUAUUAAUAUUUUUAUGUGUUAAACAUAACCUCAACACAAUUAUAGGUUUUUCAAUGAUUGAUGAAUGCAAGAGGAAAUUAUAGCUCACCAUACACUAUUGUUGGGGAAAUCAUUUUAAAUUAACUCUUACCUGUGUUACAUAAACGGUUUAUAUAUUUACUUGAAGCUAUUUUAACGGGAAAGACUGCAGUUGAACAAGAGGUAUUACGUUUAUUGGAAACAUUUUAAUCUCACAUGGAAAGACCAUUUAAGUAAUAUAUUUUCAGCUGGUCUAGAGUGAAAUGAUUUAUUAUAUACACGUAAAAUGACUAAUAGUACGACAUUAGUUUAUGGCGGGCAUUUACACGAAUAUAGUCAUCGUUUGGAUCAUUGAAAAGACUAUAAUAUAUACUACAUGUUGAUUUUACUAAAACCAUAUUCAAGUGAUUGUUUGGUAAUUUAAGUAUAAUAGUGUGUGUCUGUUUUGCCUGAAUGCUAUUGUAUGUGUGAAAACAUAAAGCCUCUAAGUUAUUCUAUUGAAUAUACAUUUGAAUUAUACAACUAUUGUUUUGUUUUUAUAAAUAAAAUGUUACUAAAA